AUGUCUACUUAUGAUGACAAUACAAGUGCUAUUCAAAUUGUUGCAAAUUCAGUAUCACAUGAGCAAACCCAGUAUCAAACCAUGUUAUAUAAAUCCCUCACAUCAAUACUCAAUUUUAGGUUGCGGAUAUUCUUAACAUGGCUAUCUCACCCACACCAUAAGUUUCUUGUUCGCAAGUUGAUGCUUUUUGACCCGCCAGAUCAAGUUGAGGAGCAAUGUGAUGUUGAAUCCACAUUUUCGGGACUAACAACAGCAUAG